ACCAACGUUUCAUAAGGGGUUGCGAUCAGUCAUGUUUCAUAAACAAAACAGAGAACACUGUUUAACUGUCACACUGAUUACAGAAGAGUCUCAGCGGCAGAGAGGAGUUUCUGAUGUAGCGUUAUUCUUUUGAAUGAAGAAUACACACUUUACUCGACACUAUGAAGAGACUGUACUUCAUCGAGCCGAUCGUAGCGAUUUACGCGUUUGCCAGUUUUAUGGUGUAUCCCCUCGUGCAGCAGUACGUGUAUCGCAGAUUGUGGCUGGAGAUCACGAACUCAUCUUACCCCGUGUCCGACAACACUUCCCAGUGCGCCGCCAACAACACCAGCCACAGCAGACAGCAAGUUGAGGUACAGAAAGCAGCUUCUCUGUUCUCCAUGUACAGUGAUUUGUCUUCCAUGAUCCCCAGUCUCAUAGUGACCCUCCUCCUGGUGGCCUACAGCGAUCAGCGUGGCCGAAAGAUCACUAUUAUUAUGCCCCUCAUUGGGUCUCUGAUCUACACGCUUUCAUUCCUGGCGGUCUCUUUCUUCGAGCUCAACCUCUACAUUCUCAUUGCCGCCAGUUUCGUAAGUGCCCUCUUUGGGGGUAUCGGUACCAUGCUAGGUGGCUGCUUCUCCUAUGUGGCCGAUUUGUGUGAGGACAGCAAGCAGAAGACCCUUCGCAUGGCUGUGGUGGACAUGAUGAUCGGCUUGUUGGCCGGUGUGGCGUCAAUUUCCACGGGCUACUUCCUGUAUGCAGUCGGGUUCAACUGGCCUUUCUUUACAUCCGCCAUAUUUCAGGCAGUUAACUUAAUAUACGCUGUCUUCAUUCUGGAAGAAACCAGAGUGAUUGACCGGUCAGAGACUGCGGCUUGUUGUCGGGCCAUGCAGAAACUAGCUAGUAGUAUCUGCAACUUGUUUGUGGGAGGCAGCAGUCAAAGAAAAUGGGUUCUUGUGCUGUUGAUUGUCACAUUCUCCUCUUUAUCUUUUGUUAAUACGGGGGGUCUGUCCAUGAUCACACUUUACGAACUCAAUGAGCCGCUGUGCUGGAGCGAGAUCCUCGUCGGCUAUGGCGCCGCGGCCAGCACCUCCAUCUUUAUCACUAGUUUUGUCGGUGUGUAUUUGUUCUCCCGCUGUCUGCCUAACAUUGCCAUCGCCUUCAUCGGGAUGCUGUCAGUCGGUAUAAGCAUGUUCAUGACGGCCUUCGCAAAGACCACGCUCAUGAUGUUCCUCGUGAGGAUUCCUGCUAUGUUUGCCAUUAUGCCGUUCCCUGUCCUGCGUUCAAUGAUGUCAAAAGUCGUCUCAAAGUCUGAGCAGGGAGCGCUUUUUGCCUGUGUGGCCUUUACAGAAAACCUGAGCACUUACGGGUCCUCUGCAGUUUUUAGCAGAAUCUAUGCGGCCACUGUGGCAUGGUGUCCUGGCUUUAUCUUCCUAUUGGGUUCUGGACUCUGUAUCAUACCCAUAAGUCUAUUAGGUAUAUUUAGGUGUUUCCAUUCAUUGGAUUCUAAUGACAAUCAAGCACUCUUAUCAGAAGAUGGGACUGAAGCAUCAGAUGACCCACCUGUAGCUUAAAAUCAAAUCAAAGGGAGUUUGGAUACCUCAUGGUUACCCUGUGUGUUUCUUUACAUUUUCUCAUACCAACACAAGUGGGUAAUCUGUUCAAGCCAAAGUAUAUUUUUAGUAUUUUGAGUCGCUGCCACGAAAAAUGCAUUUUUGCUGAAAUGCAGUAGAUGCUAAUGGUGGUUUUGGAAGGGAACAGAACUUUAUAGUUCUAAGGGGAAAUUUUGUAAAAGAGUAAAUAUUUUUUUAAAAUAACGAUAAGAAUAAUUUCAGCAAAAACUAAAUUCACACUUCCUUAAGAAAAUACCGGUCACUUGCAAGGCAGCAACAAUACAGUAUUAAAGUUUUAGGUGUGUUUAGGUUAGGCUUUGAUUCUGUCAUCUGCAAACAAGAAUCAAUACGUAGUUAAUGUGAAUGGUAUCUAUAAAAGACAAGACCAAUCACAAUUCAGUAUGCAAAUAGAUGUAAGAAAGAUGACCAAUCCAAUUCAGUAUGCAAAUAUAACAAUGAUAUCAUCACUGGUAAUAGAAGAGGUUUAGAACUUUAGAAAUUUAGGAUUAAAUAUUGAAAAUCAUGGUUUGAAUUGAGUCAUUAAACUCUAUUCAAAUGGUAAACUAAACUAAAACUGAAUUAAUUCAUUGUAUGUACUAAAUUAAUUGCAGAAGUUUAAAUACUAAGAGAUUGAAUGUUUGAGGAGUACGUUGCUGCCUUACAAGUCUAAAGUUUGGGCUGAUGUACAAUACAUUCUUGUUUUGUAUAGACCAACAUUUACUGUAGAUUUAUAAUGUAUAUACAAUUGUAUUUCAUAAAGCAUAAGAUUUAGGAUGCAUCUUUAUAGUGUUUUAAAGUUGGCUAUGCUUUUCUAAGUGUGGCAGGUUUUCAUUGGUCUCAUAUUUGCACAGAUCUGGGUCACGAGCAAUUCAGCCAAUAAGCUCUGACCUGCCAUUGACUCUCUGUCCUGUGUGGUGUAAAUUUCAUAUACAUUCUCAUCUUGACAAAAUCAUGUCAAGAUACAUAAAUGAUAAAUUAGCGUAGAUCAGUUUACUUUGUUUGGAGGCUUAGCAGUGAAAAAGUGAUUUUGGAGGACUGGGCACAUCAGUCAGUUGAUAUUUGUAUGUGUCUGCCAGUACUUGUGCUCCUACACGCACAAACUACAUUGUUUAGCACAUAUGCAAUAGGAAUGCAUACUGAACCACUGAAAAAAAAAAGUAGUUAACCUCAUUCAUUCACAAAAACACACUUAAACCCAACUAAAUUUGGUAACUUGUGUGCAGUUGUGAUGUGUUGAAUAUGAAUACAUAACGUUUCUAUUAUGAAAUGUAAUAAUAUAAAGGAUUAAUGUCUGUCAGCUUUACAGCCUAUAAAACCUACUGAUGUGUUAUUUGAAACAUAUAAAUUGUGCUUUCCAGACUUGGAAAUGAUCAGGUUCUAGCAAUUAUUAUUAUUAUUUGCAAAAAAAAAAAAUAAUAAUAAUAAUAACAAUCAGCUCCUAAUUCAGUUGCUUAUUUAGCAUCUGCUAAAUGAAUAAAUAUAAAUGUACUAAAUAGCUCUUUUUGAGUCCUGUUUAACAUUUUAUGUCAGAUGUCAGGGUGUCAAACUCAAUUCCUGGAGGGCCGGAGCCCUGCAGAGUUUUGUUCCAACCCUGCUCCAAC